AGGAAGUUUUUAAAGAUAUUUCAUUCCUUCGAAUCGAAUAUUUACUCACUGUAGUCUCUUUUCUCUCUUAGUACUAUUCCAUUAAUUUCGUUUUAUUUCGCUUUUCGCACAUCAAACAAGUUUUAGCCUUUAAUAGUGAAAAGAUACUGUGUAGACUAUGUUUCCUUUGCCUGUUUAAUGGACGAAACAAACAAAAACAAAUCGACAAUAAUGUUCAUUCAACACAUAUGACGUGUUUUUAGUGUUUUUUUAUUUUAUCAAUUUCUGUAUUUUAAUUGAUUUUAAUCAACUGAAUUGAAAUUUUAAUCAAUAAAUACAUUUCGAUUCAAGGAGAGGCAGAAAUCUUCAAUAUGGUUUACGUUACAGGAGAUGGGACUAUUGUGGAGAAGACUCCUUUCAGUUUCAUGGGCUGGUUCUGGGCCUUGCUGAACUUCUUCUCAUUGUUGUUCCACACCCUGAUAGAUUCUAACUAUAAUAAACAUGGCAAAAAAUACACAAGGGAUUUCAGACCACCAGGAAGUGGGCCUCCUAAACCACCAACCAAAAAGUUUGGGGGCUUUGGUCCAUCUGGCUCUGGGCCCUCACCACCACCUAUGGGAGGCUGCGGCUGUGGUGGAUAAUGGAUGUCUUCAAAGCUGUGAUAACAUUUCAAUAUUAACAAUACCUUAAAAAAACUAAUAUUGUUUUAUGCAUCUCAAUGUAUGAAAAAAACAACAUUUUUUACCUAUCUUUAUUUAAACAUUUGAAUUAUAUACAAUUUUAAACAGCAAAAUAAAGAAAAAAAUAUAUUAUUAUAAUAUGACGUAGUGGAGGCUGAUUACGUCAAUUUAACGAAAUAAAUACUUAAGGAGUUCGCCUUUUUAUAAUUAACUUAAUGAUUAACUAUUAUCGUUUCGUUGUUCUAUAAAAACAUUAUGUACAGAUUAACAAAAAUUGACAGGCACCUAAUUAUUAUUUUUGAAAAUAACUCUGAAAACAAAAUGUGUAUACAUAUGUAUUAUAUACACUAAGUUAAUAUUCGGAAUACGACAAAUUGCGGCCAUGUCAUAGAUUUAAACAUUUACAUUUAAAGUUGUCAUUAAAAAGGAAUGAAGGUAUAUGUAAAGAAAAAAAAUCUGUCGACGUGUACCUAUUAAAACAAAUAUUAAUGGCGUUGAAUUAACUAUUUAUAUAAGUUAUAUCCUAAAAUUAUUCAUUUGGAACAGAUAAUUCAUUAUUUGUAAGUUUUUAAUCUCAAUAAUGUAAUGAAUAAAUGUAAAAUUCAAAUUUACUUGUAUAAAAUAAAUAUAUAAUUAAUCUUAAGCUUC